UUCAGCGGCCGCACGUGAAAGCGAUGAACAACAUUUUGGUCUAGUUUCUGUUGUCUAUUAUGCAAUUAUACUGUGUGAAAAUUGUGGAAAACUGCAUGAAUUGAAUGCGUUACACGAGUGUCAACUGUUUUGUGCUCAACACGUAGCAGCAACAAACCAAAAUGUAUCGUUUGCUAAGCGCAAAUCGUGCCGCGGCCAUGCACAAGGUGCUCCGAGUGCCACCGACGGCCGCCACCACAACGGCAUGCUGCGAUUGCGGCGGUAGUUCUGCGUCGCAGAAUUUCGUACAUUAUCAGCAGUAUUAUCAAAUGCUAUACCGCCAAAUGCCGGCAAUCACUGCAACGCCAUUCGCACGGCCACAGACCACAGCACCGACACAGACGGACGCCCAGACGCAGGGCAAGAAGAAGCGCGUGCGAAAGCCACGCUAUGCCAAGUAUGUGGAGCUGCUGGAGGUCACUGAGCUCACCGCCAGCGAACGCAAGUCGCGCGUCAAACGCCUCAAGUCCAAGAAGCUUGCCGAGUUCAUACAAAAAACGCAACAGCAAAUACUGGAGAAGCGUGCGCGGGAGGAGAAACGCGGCCUAAAGAAGAGCAGCAAAGGCAGCCUGGAGUCAGCGGCCCAACGGCAGCCCGUGGAGUAUCAAAAAAUCGACAUGGAGGCGCUGGAUGGUUCCAUUUUGGAGUCGGGCAUCUACGAUGAUCGACCCAUGCUGUUCUUUGGCAAGGAUGAGUACACCAAACAGAUCAUAGCGAAUCCCGAAGAGGUGCAGAAUAUUCUGAAGAGUUUUCACAACUUUCGGGACAUCAUUGAGAGCAUGGGAAAUGAGCAGCAGGAAGCGGAGUUCGGCCUCGCUGCAGCCAAGCAAGUGGAGGAGCUGGAAGCUGUGGAUCCCUUUGAGGCCAUAGAACCCUACAUCAAUCCUUUGGACAAGGGAAAACCCGCUGUGACAGCGGUGGUGGUGCCCAAUGCGAAUGCAGUGACAGCAAAGUCCAAGAAGAGAUUCAAGUCCAAAUAUCAUGUGAAUGAGGAACAGGAGCGCCUGGGCAGGCAGCGCGCAUUGCAAAUCAAUCUGCACACCUAUCUGAAUGUCUGUGUCUCCGCCAACAUGCUGAGUCGCGCGCUGUCCACCAUCAUUGCCUAUCGCAGUCGCAUCAAGAAGAGCACGAGUCCGCGUCUGACCGAGGGACUGCUCACCAUUGACCUGUACAACAUUCUGCUGCAUGGCUAUGCGGGCAAGGGUUCGUUCGAACGCUUCGAGGACACCUUUAAGCUGCUCGAGGAGGAUGGCCUGAGCUUCAAUGAGCAAACUUAUGCCGCCAUCUUCGAGUGUUUGGGUCGCCUAGAGCCAGACGCAGAGAACGAGCAGAUCCUCCGCCAGUACAUAGCCCAAGCGGAGGCGGAAGGCUUCUCUUUAAAUCAAAUUAUGGACAAGUCCAAGUUUGUGGCCGAUCAGCGUGACAUUGCGCUGGAUGCGAUACGUCGCAUACGUCCGGAUUUCACGCCCGUUUAUGUGCCGCCGCAGCUGGGCUACGACAAUGAGCUGUUGAAUCAUUUGAACGAGACAAAGGAGACUGAGGACUAUGCCAUAAUGAACUCAAAGCGGGGGUAUAGCAAGGAGCAGCUGGAGCAGCUGGCACGAGAGCAGCUGAAAGUGGAGCUAGACGGCUGCAUAACCAUCCAAUCCAUCGAAAAAACCAAAGAGUUUGCCAACUCCGAGAAAUGCCGCGAACGACUCAAAGAACUGGAGCAAAGUUGGCGCAAACAAAUCUCCACGGCCAUUGUGCGGGACCUCAACACGCUGCGCGCUCAAGUGCGCUUCAAGCCGCAUGGCUACAUGAACUAUUACACAUAUCUGAAAGCCUUGGACUCCUCGCACUUUGCGGACAUACUCAUCAAGGAGCUGUACAAACUGGCGGAAGGCUCGGAGACUUUCAGUCCCACUGUGGGGCAGCUGUACAAGGAGCUGGGCGAGAAGGUGCAGCAACGCUAUCAAAUCGAACAGAAGAAGCACAACGGCACGCUGGAGAAGAUUGGCGAGAUCUACAGCUCGUAUUGCGAUCUCUGGGACAGUGGCAAGAGCCAAGACAACUCGCGUCAGGCCUGGCAGCGACUGGUGCACGAGCAGCGUGAGACUGGACCCAGCAUGGAUCUGCCCGAGGUGCCUUGGCCCACGAAUGUGCUGGCGGGCGUUGGUCGUUUCCUGUACAACAUUCUGAUGCGCGACAUCAAGAUCGAUCCGCACAUAAUGCGUCUGAAGAGUAAAUCAAAGACCGCCACACAGAAUCUGCUGCCCGCUUUCUACACGCUCUUCCGCAAUCAGGGACGCCUCGUCAAGGAGGAGGUGAAGCCGCACCCAGUGCUCUCCCGACUGCUGCGCGCCUCGCGCCAGCAGACGCUCACCUUUGACUCGAAUCUGGUGCCAAUGCUGUGUCCGCCGCAGCCCUGGAGCACGCCACACAAUGGCGGCUAUCUGCUGAACAAAUCCGAACUGAUUCGGCUGCCCCACCAAGCCAUACAGCAAUGGGAUCGCAUAAGGGCCGCAAAUCCACAGCAUCUCUACCCCGCGCUGGAUUCGCUCAACCAACUGGCCAGCGUGCCGUGGCGCGUGAACACACAGCUGCUGGAUGUCAUCGUUGAGGUGUUCCAGAACGGUGGCAAUGCCAAGCUGGAUGUGCCGCAGCCACCGAGCUCACUGCCACCGCUGCCGAGCAUACAGAAAAACAGCGAGGGCAGCGGCAUCUCCAAUGCGGAUUUGGCCAAGCAAUUUCGCGAGAAGCUCGGACAUCGCAGGAAGAAGGCGGAGAUGUACAGUCUGUGGUGUGAUGCGCUCUAUAGAUUAUCCCUGGCGCAACAUUACCGCGACAAAGUCUUUUGGCUGCCGCACAACAUGGACUUUCGUGGACGCGUCUAUCCUGUGCCGCCGCAUCUCAACCAUUUGGGCUCGGAUCUCGCGCGCUCCAUGCUCAUCUUUGACCAAGCCCAACCUUUAGGCGUCGAUGGUUUUAGCUGGCUCAAGCUGCACUGCAUCAAUCUGACGGGCCUCAAGAAGCGCGACUCGGUGCGCGAGCGUCUGCUGUACGCGGAGGAGAUCAUGGAGGAUAUCCUAGACUCUGCAGAUAACCCACUCACGGGCCGCAUGUGGUGGGCCAAGUCGGAUACGCCCUGGCAAACGCUGGGCUGCUGCAUGGAGAUUGCCAAUGUGCAUCGUUCGCCGGAUCCAGCUGCCUACAUGAGUCGCUUUCCCAUACAUCAGGAUGGCUCGUGCAACGGACUGCAGCAUUAUGCGGCCUUGGGACGCGACAAAGCGGGUGCCCACAGCGUGAACCUCUCACCUUCCGCCAUACCGCAGGAUGUGUACAGCGCUGUGGCCACGCUGGUGGAACGCAGUCGAAAAAGUGAUGCCCAAAAUGGACUGCAUGUGGCGGAGGCACUCGCUGGCUUUGUGCGCCGCAAGGUGAUCAAACAGACGGUGAUGACUACCGUCUAUGGUGUCACUCGUUACGGUGCGCGGCUGCAAAUAGCGAGACAGCUGAAGGACAUUGAUGACUUCCCCAAGGACUGGGUGUGGCCGGCAUCCACUUACCUCACGACCAAAACAUUCGAGAGUCUGCGCGAGAUGUUCACCUCGACGCGAGAGAUCCAAGACUGGUUCACCGAGUGUGCGCGCCUCAUUUCGGGCGUGUGCAGCCAGAACGUCGAGUGGAUCACACCGCUGGGACUGCCCGUCGUGCAGCCAUACAAUCGGCAGGAGAUCAAACACACUUCCCGCACCGGACUGAGGGUUAAUGCCAACAUGUCCAUGGACAUGUACGAGCGUCCGAACAUUCUCAAGCAGAAGAACGCCUUUCCGCCCAACUUUAUUCACUCGCUGGACUCGUCGCACAUGAUGCUCACGUCGCUGCACUGCGAGCGGCAGGGCAUUACUUUCGUGUCCGUGCACGACUGUUUCUGGACGCAUGCGUGCACCGUGCCCGAGCUGAAUCGCAGCUGCCGCGAGCAGUUUGUGGCCCUGCACUCGCAGCCAAUACUCGAGCAGCUCUCGGAGUUUAUGCGUCACACUUACAGCUUUAAAGACAAUGACUUUACCAACGAUGGCUCUACGGAGGAUCUCUCCAAGCGCCAGCUGAAUCGCACCCUGAAGCAACUGCCCCAAAAGGGCGACUUUGAGCUGAGCAACGUACUCGAUUCGAUCUACUUCUUCAGCUAGAAUUGUUCCCCACAGCAGCUACACAAAACAAACAAACGACAGUGCCUAAUUUUAAUUUAAUUCAUUAGCUUUUACACUAGUUGCAAUAGUUGCUAUUUAAUUUGUUGAACAAUUCGGCCUUCGAUACCAAAAAACAAGGAAAAAACCAACAACAAGAUCGAUGCCAAAUGUGAUUUUGUAAACGUUUAUUACAUAAACUUUUUGUGUGAAAAA